ACAUCUUGGUUUACUCAGAAACAGUGCCAUCAUGAAAUUCCUCAGCGCUGUGACUGGUGUGAUAGCUCUUCUUCAAGGCGCUGAUGCAGCGACUUGGAAGGAUUACAAGCCGCAGAGUCGCACGCCGAGCUCAUGUCCUGAUUAUGUCGACUAUUCCCAAAAACCGCAUGAGCCGCUGUCUUCUGGCAAGUUGAAGCUACCUUUUAUGAGACCGAGUGAAAAAUGCAGGACUUUCAAGAGCCCUGCCGUUGAGAAAGUCAUCAGCGACAUCAAAAAGCGCGUCAAGAACCCCGAUCUGGCGCGCCUUUUCGAGAAUACCUUUCCAUCGACGCUCGACACGACGGUCAAGUAUUUUGAUGCGAAGAAGAAUCUGGCAUUUAUCGUUACUGGUGAUAUCACCGCACAAUGGCUUCGCGACACGGGCAACCAAUUUGCCCAUUUGUACAAGCUUCUGCCCCAAGACAAGAACCUGAAGGCUCUCGUCAAGGCUAUCAUUAACACUGAGGCGAGAUACAUUUCUGAGUAUCCUUAUUGUGGUGCUUUCCAACCUCCGCCUGAGAGUGGAUUAAGCCCUUCAGUCAAUGACUACGCUACACUUGUUUCUGUCAAUCCACCUGUCGAUAACCAGACAGUCUUUGAGUGCAAGUACGAACUUGAUUCUCUCGCUGGUUUCCUCAAGAUCGCUCGAUCGUAUUACGCCAACACCAAGGACUCAUCAUUCAUCAACGACAACUUCAAAUCGGCCAUGAAGCAAAUCCUUCGAGUCAUUGACGAACAAUCUCAAAGCACCUGGGCCGAAGACUGGUCAUACGUCAGCUACUACAACUGGACUGGCCAGUCAGGCUCACUCUCACCACCAGUACCCAACAGCGGAAACGGCGAACCCAAGCUGGCUAACGGUCUCGUUGCAUGCAGUCAUCGUCCGUCGGAUGACUUGAGCGUUUUCAACUACAUCACCUCUGACAACGCCAUGAUGUCGGUUGAGCUCGAUAACGUUGCCGACGUGUUGGAUAAAGUAGGAGGACAGAAGAGCCUUUCUGGAACGCUGCGUGGUCACGCUAAAACGAUUCGACGAGCUGUCUGGAACCAUACCCUCACUUCGAAUGGUAUUUUCGCUUAUGAGACCAAUGGAUACGGCGGCCAGUACAUCAUGGACGAUGCAAACGUUCCAAGCCUUGUAUCACUCCCAUAUCUAGGGUUUCUCAAGCGCGACGAUCCGACAUAUAAGAAAACCAAGUCUACUCUCUUCUCACGAGCAAACCCAUACUACGCCGUUGGAAAGACAUUCAGUGGCAUUGGUGGGCCGCAUGCGAACGCUACUAACCCAUGGCCUAUGGCGCAUGUCUCAGCUAUCUAUGGAACGGAUGAUGACGAUGAGAUCACCGAGCGACUUAACAUGAUUUUGGAGAAUACAUCUGGUCUGGGAUUGAUUCAUGAGAGUGUUAAUAUUUACAACUCUUCUGUGUUUACACGACCGUGGUUUGCCUGGGCGAAUAGUUAUUUUGCGGAGAUGGUCCUUGACUUGGCAGAGAGAAAGCCUGGGCUGAUCUUUAAGGAUGACAAGCCGUAUGUCGUAUAGGAGGCACCGCCCAGAGAUAUAAUAGAUUGCUUCUUAAAUAACUCGAAGAAACAGCAGUUCUAUGAUAAAGUACCUCUCGUAGCUAUCGUGUUGUUCUACCUUCAACCUAGACACCCU